AUGACAACUAAAGAUAAUGGAGACAUCAAGCUAUUUGAUCGGAGCCACAUUUUCAUCUAUAGCAUCGUCCAUUGCACAAUCUCAGGUGUCUCUCUGGUCACUCUAUGUAAAAUAAUGUCUCCAUCAAUUUCAACUACUCUGUCCCUUCUCUUCUCUUUCCUUCUUGUGCACUCUGCGAUUUGCCUUGAAUUCAACAUCUCUCGCUUCGAUCCUGCCGUGAAUGAUAUAUUGUACGAGGGAGAUGCAAAGCCUACGGUCGGAGCCAUCGACAUGACGAGUCAACUCUAUUUCUGCCAUGUGGGCCGAGCCACAUACAACGAGAAGGUCCGGUUAUGGGACUUUGGUUCGGGGAAGCUCUCCGACUUCACUACCCACUUCCAGUUCACCAUCGACACAAACGGUCAGCAUCAUGGCCAAUACGCUGCGGGGCUCGCGUUUUUCAUGGCUCCGGUGGGAUUUCAGAUCCCCGUCAAUUCGAUAGGCGGAUUCCUAGGCCUGUUCAACACCACGAACAGUGACUCGUCUCGGAAUCAAAUCAUACACGUCGAGUUUGACACUUUUGCGAAUCCGGAAUGGGACCCCAGUUAUGAGCAUGUCGGAAUCAACAAGAACUCAAUUGCUUCAGCCGUUACCUCUCCUUGGAACGUCACCUAUCAUAGUGGAGAUACUAUCGACACAUGGAUCGAUUAUAAUGCUUCCACGAUGAAUUUAAGUGUGUCGUGGAGCUUCCAGACCACGCCAAACCCCCAAGAGAACACAAGCCUCUGGUAUCAAGUCGAUCUGAGGACAGUUCUUCCAGAAUGGGUCGUGAUAGGAUUUUCGGCUGCCACCGGCUAUUACAUGGAACGACAUACCCUUGGUUCGUGGGAUUUCAAAUCGAAUUUAGCAUUGGAGGGACCGAGUAAUGGGAAUCCAAAAAGGGUUGGUCUGAUACUUGGCUUGACAAUUCCGCUGAGCGUUAUGGUGGCAUCUGGUGCAGCUGUAGCAUUAGGAAUCAUAUGGAGGAGGAGGAAGCGAAAGAGCACGGAGAUGUUACCAGAGACGGCGAUGCUCACAUCAAUCAACGAGGACUUCGAGAGACGCGCCGGACCGAGGAGGUUUUCCUACCAAGACCUUGCUUCCGCAACCAACAACUUCUCAGAUGACAGAAAGCUUGGUGAAGGAGGAUUCGGGGCCGUGUACAAGGGAUAUUUACUCAACCUAGACAUGACGAUUGCGGUAAAGAGAAUAUCGAGAGGCUCCAAGCAAGGGAAAAAAGAGUUUGUCACUGAGGUGAAGGUCAUUAGUAGUUUACGGCACCGGAACCUCGUGCGGCUCAUAGGUUGGUGCCACGAUGGGCACGAGUUCUUGCUCGUUUAUGAGUAUAUGCCGAACGGGAGCCUCGACUCGCAUCUCUUUGGAAAGAAGGGUCCUCUCAAUUGGUCAAUUAGGUACAAAAUCUCGAUCGGCAUAGCCUCAGCGAUCUUCUAUUUGCAUGAAGAGUGGGAGCAGUGCGUGGUACACAGGGAUAUCAAAUCUAGCAAUGUCAUGCUAGACUCUAAUUUCAAUGUGAAAUUGGGCGACUUUGGUUUGGCUAGGCUGAUGGACCACGAACUCGGGCCACAGAUUACUGGUUUGGCAGGUACUCUUGGGUACCUUGCACCCGAGUGCCUAAGGACUGGCCGAGCAAGCAAAGAAUCGGAUGUCUAUAGCUUUGGAGUCGUCGUCCUAGAAAUCGCCACGGGAAGGAAAGCUAGGGAUCCAAAAAAUCAGAAGUCGGAGAUGAGUUUGGUAGAGUGGGUUUGGGAUCUUUUUAGGGAGGGGAAGCUUCUAGAGGCUGUCGAUGAACGGAUGGGCUCAGAUUUCGAAGAGAAGCAAGUCGAGCACUUGAUGAUGGUGGGGUUGUGGUGUGCUCAUCCAGAUUGGAAUCUGAGGCCGUCGAUGAGGCAAGCGAUUCAAGUUCUGAAAUUCGAGGCUGAUGUCCCAAAUCUCCCGAUGAAAAUGCCCGAACCCAUCUAUCGUGUUCCUACGCCAUUGGUUAGUUCCGGCGAACCGUUAUUAACCUCUAUCGUCGAAGAGGGUCGUUGACUGGGCUUUUUCAUAUCUUCACCACCCUACCAUGUGUAUAUCGGAUUUUAUUAGCCAUCGUUCUUAAUACACACUACAUAAGUUACCAUGUUGCGGUAGUGGCUAUAGUACAAGCAAAGAAUUCCUGUGGCAUGUACCUCUCCCCUGACUGAAAUAUCUGAGGAAUGUAGGAAUAUGUCUAAUUUCUGUUGAGGACUAAAGUAAUUUCAGUUUUUCUUUCUUGUCCCCAAAUUUCCAAAAAUCUUCCUAUAUUCAUCUACAUCUAAUAAAGUGUGCAAGUAGCCUUUUUUU